AUUUGUUGUUCUUUCAACAAAAUCCCUGUUAAAUGGAGUUAAUCACACUCCAGAAAAUAUUGCGGAGAUUAAAAAAAAAAAAAUGGGGAAUGAUGCAUUAGUGACAAAGUAGUCUGUAUUGUUACCAACAAUGCCCCUAACAUGAUCAAGACCUGCGAACUUUUACAAAAAAGGCACUUACCUUGUUUUGCUCACACCAUUAACUUGAUAGUUCAGGACAACCUACAAUAAAUAGAAAACACAGUCAAAAAAGUUAAGAGCAUAGUAACAUUUUUUAUUAGGUGACAUAGAAAAAGUUCUCACCUAUUUUAAAGAUGCAACUAAAAAAAUUUCAGGUAUUUUAAAAAUAUAUAUACAUAAAUUUAGAUUGUAAUUGUAAGUUGUAUGCUAAUUAUGUCUCUGUCCUUUGGUAUUUAUAAUUAUCUUUACACACUACAAAACAAAUUGGCAACAGAAGAGGGAAAAAUCUUUCGUCUAAACUUAAUGCAGUCUGUCAAACAAAGAUUGUUUCCUUAUAAAACACGUCUUAUUUUAAAAAUUAGCACAAUUUUAGAUCCACGUUUUAAAACAGAAGGCUUCAGAAAUGUAGAAAAUACAGACUCGGCUUUAAAAUUACUUGACAAUGAAAUAUCCUUUUUUAUAAACAAAAAUAAGGAACAAAAAGAAGUAGAAAUUGAUAAAGAAAUUAAAAUUGGUACAGAUGUAACCAGUGAAAGCACAUCACUAUUUUCUUUUAUUUAACAAAGAAUUAAGGAAAAGAGUAACACUACUUUGGCAGAUGUAAUAAUUACCAAACGGCAGUAUUUUGAGAGGACAAACACAGAACAAAGCACUGAUCCCCUGCAGUUUUUGAAGCUUAUGGGUAAUGAGUUUAACAUUUUGGACAAAUGUGCCUUAAAAUAUUUAUGUGUCCCAGGAACCAUCGUUGAAAGUGAAAGGACAUUUAGUUCGACUGGUCUAAUCGUUACCCAAAAAAAUGUGAAUAAAAUUACAUUUUUACAUAAAAACCUAAACCUGUACUCCCCUUGCCUAUAAAAUAAU